AUGAGCAGCCCAGAAAAGGGCUCAACAAGCCCUCGCACCAAAGGUGCUAGUCCUCCUUGGACACCCACACAACAGCAUCUGGAUCUUGAUGAAGCCUCGGAGUGGAAGCUGGGAGAUCAAGUAGGAAUGGACAGCUCUCGGCAGCAGAAGCUGCCAAGACAGGGCAUCCCCAAAGGACUUUUGGGACAUUUUGUGGGCCAGGUGAGCGAGAGAAAGUCCACUGGGGUGGGGUCAGAGCCAGAGCGCAGACAAGCAGGGCUGAUCGGAGUGGGGAGCCGGGGUGGGGCCGGGAGAAGCGGCUGUCCAAAGCGGAUGGCAGCAGCAGGGGCCCUCAUCCUUACCACUAUGGAAAUAUCUGUGGCACCGAGUCAAGGACUUCGCCCAGUACCAGAUGAAAUCCAGUACCCACACAUGAAAUUUUCUGAAUGGAAAUUUAAGCUCUUCAAAGUGAGAUCCUCUGUGAAGCCCUCACCAGGAGAAGCUCAGGGGCCAUCUAAGAACACAAUGGAAGGACAAUCUUCUUUGGAGGAAACUCCAGUCGUCAUAUGCAACACCAAUAUUCCAGCACCAGAAAAGCCAGCCCUGGUCCAGCCAACAUUCACAGCCAAUUCCAAGUCUUUGGAGAAGCCUGCUGAUAUUGGGAAGGCCGGGGAGAAGGCAAUCCACCAGGCCAGUCUUCGGCAGCUUUGCCGAAUCUGUGGUGCUUCCUUUAGAGCUGAUGGACAGAAUAGGAGAUACCCCGUCCAUGGUCCAGUGGACAGUAAAACUCAGGGCAUCCUCCGAAAGAAGGAAAAGAAAGUUACCUCCUGGCCAGACCUGAUUGCGAAGGUUUUUAAAAUUGAUGUGAAAGGGGAUAAUGACUCCAUCCAUCCCACCCAGUUUUGUCACAACUGUUGGAAUAUCAUGUAUGGGAGGUUCAGCAAUUCCCCACAUGAGGUAUACUUCCCGAGGAACGCUACCAUAGAAUGGCACCCACACACGCCAUCCUGUGACAUCUGCCAGGCAGCCCGCUGGGGACUCAAGAGGAAAGGCCGCCAGUCCAACCCAUCGCUCAGCAAAAAGCUCAAGGCCAUGGCUGACAGAGCUCGAAGGGCUCGCCUCCCCAAGAGUCAAGCCCAGCCUCGAAAAAGCAGCAAGGACCUGAUGAAAAAGCUAACCAACUGUAGCAAGAUGCACCUGAGCACUAAGUGCCUUGCUGUGGACUACCCUGUGGACUUUGUGAAGGCCAUCUCAUGCCAGAUCUGUGAGCACAUUUUGACUGACCCCGUGGAAACCACCUGCAAACAUUUAUUCUGUAGAACCUGCAUUUUGAGGUGCCUCAAGGUUAUGGGCAGCUAUUGCCCCUCUUGCCAAUAUCCCUGCUUUUCUACAGAUGUGGAAAGCCCACCGAGGUCCUUUGUGAACACCCUCAAUUCCCUGGUGGUGCGAUGCCCUGUGAAAGACUGCGACAAGGAGGUCAGCCUUGAAAAAUAUAACCAGCACAUCUCAAGCCACAAGGAACCCAAAGAGUCCUAUGUGUAUAUCAAUAAAGGUGGCCGACCCCGGCAGCAUCUUCUGUCCCUGACCCGGAGGGCGCAGAAACACCGUCUAAGAGAACUGAAGCUGCAGGUCAAGGCUUUUGCAGAUAAAGAAGAAGGAGGUGAUCUGAAGGCAGUGUGCUUGACUUUGUUCCUGCUGGUGCUGAGAGCUAGGAAUGAGCAUCGGCAAGCAGAUGAGCUCGAGGCCAUCAUGCAGGGCAGAGGAUCAGGCCUCCAGGCAGCUGUGUGCUUGGCCAUCCGGGUCAACACUUUUCUGAGCUGCAGCCAGUACCACAAGAUGUACCGGACGGUCAAAGCCAUCACUGGGAGGCAGAUCUUCCAACCCUUACAUGCCCUUCGAAACGCGGAGAAGACUCUUCUGCCUGGGCAUCACCCCUUUGAGUGGAAGCCAACUCUGAAGAAUGUCUCUGCUCGCACAGACGUAGGCAUCAUGGAUGGACUUUCUGGGUUGUCUGCUUCGGUGGAUGACUACCCAGUUGACACCAUCGCAAAGAGGUUCCGUUACGAUGUUGCCUUGGUAUCUGCCUUGAUGGACAUGGAAGAAGACAUCCUAGAAGGCAUGAAAUCCAAAGACUUGAGUGAUUACCUGAAUGGUCCUUUCACCGUGGUAGUGAAAGAGUCCUGUGAUGGGAUGGGAGAUGUGAGUGAGAAGCAUGGGAGUGGGCCAGCUGUACCCGAGAAGGCUGUUCGCUUUUCGUUCACCAUCAUGAAUAUCAGCAUCGCUCAGGGUCAAGAGAGUGUGAGGAUAUUUGAAGAAGCCAAGCCCAACUCGGAGCUGUGUUGUAAGCCCUUGUGCCUCAUGCUGGCGGAUGAAUCUGACCACGAGACCCUGACAGCCAUCCUGAGUCCCCUCAUUGCAGAGAGAGAAGCGAUGAAGAGCAGUGAAUUACUGCUUGAGAUGGGAGGCAUCCAAAGAACUUUUAAGUUCAUCUUCAGGGGAACUGGCUACGAUGAAAAACUUGUCCGGGAAGUUGAAGGUCUUGAGGCUUCUGGCUCUGUCUACAUUUGUACCCUCUGUGAUGCCACCAGACUGGAAGCUUCCCAAAAUCUUGUUUUUCACUCCAUCACUAGAAGUCAUGCUGAGAAUCUGGAGCGGUAUGAAGUCUGGAGAUCCAACCCCUACCAAGAGUCAGCAGAAGAGCUGAGGGACAGGGUGAAAGGGGUCUCAGCAAAGCCCUUCAUCGAGACAGUUCCCUCCAUCGAUGCUCUCCACUGUGAUAUUGGCAAUGCAGCCGAGUUUUAUAAGCUCUUCCAGUUGGAGAUUGGGGAAGUUUAUAAGAAUCCCAAUGCAUCCAAAGAGGAGAGGAAACGAUGGCAGGCUACCCUGGAUAAGCACCUCCGGAAGAAAAUGAACUUGAAACCCAUAAUGAGGAUGAAUGGCAACUUUGCCAGGAGGCUCAUGACCAAGGAGACUGUGGAAGCGGUAUGUGAAUUAAUUCACUGUGAGGAGAGGCAUGAGGCUUUGAGAGAGCUCAUGGACCUUUACUUGAAGAUGAAGCCUGUGUGGCGCUCAACCUGCCCUGCCAAAGAGUGUCCAGAAUCACUUUGCCAGUAUAGUUUCAAUUCACAGCGUUUUGCAGAACUCCUCUCUACCAAGUUCCAGUACAGAUAUGAAGGCAAAAUCACUAAUUACUUUCAUAAGACCCUGGCCCAUGUCCCUGAGAUCAUUGAGAGAGAUGGCUCCAUCGGAGCAUGGGCUAGUGAAGGGAAUGAAUCUGGUAAUAAACUCUUCCGACGCUUCCGGAAAAUGAAUGCUAGGCAGUCUAAGUGCUAUGAGAUGGAGGAUGUCUUGAAACACCAUUGGUUGUAUACCUCCAAAUAUCUCCAGAAGUUCAUGAAUGCUCAUAAUGCCUUGAAAAGUUCUGGGCUAAUCAUUAACCCACAAGCAGACUUUGAAGACUCCCUAGGGCUAGACGACUCACAGGAAAUUCUUGAUUCGAUGGAAUUCUAAAUCAGGCAACUUCCUAAGAGUAGGUUUUUCAAGUCAAUCUUUCUCUGAGUUGCCAUGGGUCUUCUCCCUCAUGUAAUAUCCUUCACUUCAAUAUAUUCUGGAGGAUCACCACCUUUGAGAAGUGGUUGGUUGUCAUGAGGAUCCCAGAUGGUGCAGUACAGUCUAAUGAAUGGUUGAGUCAUGGGUGGAUCUGUUUGAAAAGAUUGAAAGGGAAAUUAUGGUGGUCAGUCUUUGGAAGGUUCAGUAUCUCAGGUCCUGAGGAGUUACAGUAGAUGAAAGAGCGACAUGGUUGUCCAAGCAACCUGGAUGUCAAAGCUACAGAUAUAGAAGAAGAAUCUUUAAAACCAGGCAGGGACAUCUCUUGAUUCCCACUGGUUAUAUUUUAAUUGUAGUAAUCACUUAUGAUAACAUCAUUGUGCUAUCAUUAUUAUCCAUCAUUAUUACUAUGUGCUAUUUUUAUUUCAUCUGGUUAGUCACCCUUUUUAUGUGAUAUUCUACAUAUUUACUUUAGCAACAAAUUUCCAAAGAAUUAUUCAGUUUCUCAAAGUAUUAAUUUCUUCCAUUUGAUCUGUCCUGUGUUCAAGAGUGUAAGGAUUCAAACCCUGCCUCUUAUUUAUACGGUCUCAGUGCUCCUGGCAGCAAUCUAAGACUCUUGGUUAUAGAUAAAUUGCUGAUCUGCAACUGUGGAGGGACUUUUUUUAUUAGGCGUUCCUCACAUAUAAUGAAAUCACAGGCAUGGACCAUAUUUGUCUGUUUUAUGCUUUUAAAAGUGUUUUUUUUUUAACAAAUAUGAUAUCAUUUGGUACACAUAGUCUUCCUAUGUUAGAGUUGGAAGGGACUUUAACAAUCUAGUCUGAGCUUCACAUUUUACAAAUGAGGAAAAUGAGACCCACAAUGGGGAACUGACUACUCAAAGUCACAAGGCUAGUUGUCAAUUCAAUGACAUGCAGGUAGGAUUGCAAUAUUUUAAGACAGCCAUAUCAAAAUGAUGUUGCUUGUAAAUGUUCCCUUAUCAACGAGAACAUUUUACAAUGAAAGUGGCCCCUUUCAUCCUGGGGAAGUUUAAGCCAUUAAAAAAAAAAGUAACAUUAUGUCCAUAAGCUUGGAGUUCGGGAAGUCACCUAUGGACAAAGAUUGCAAUAAAACACAUGAAACUAUUUAAAAUUAGGGGCAAAGCUUUAUGGAAGACUUCUCCUACGAAUAUUUACUUAAGAAUGGACAUCUAAGAAUA